UGUGUGUGUCCGUGUUUACGUUGGACGGGGGUCUGCGUGCCCUGUACCGCGGCACUUGCAGGGGGCAACAGAAAAGACAGCUGUGCGUUUGAGAGAAACAGCAAACGUAAGAAAGAGAGAGUGGAGGGCCAACAGGCAUGCCAGUCAAGACCAUCACUUUUGGAGCAGAUGCUGGCAACAGUUUCCUCCGAGCGGCCCGUUCUGGCAACCUGGACAAGGCCCUGGAACAUAUCAAAAAUGGCAUCGAUAUAAAUACAGCCAAUCAGAAUGGGCUAAACGGGCUGCAUCUGGCCUCGAAAGAAGGCCACGUCAAAAUGGUGCUGGAGCUACUCCACAAUGGAAUCGUACUGGAGACCACCACAAAGAAAGGGAACACGGCCCUGCACAUUGCAGCCCUGGCAGGGCAGGAGCAGGUGGUCACGGAGCUGGUUAACUACGGGGCCAAUGUCAACGCUCAGUCCCAGAAAGGUUUCACUCCACUCUACAUGGCUGCACAAGAAAACCAUCUAGAGGUUGUGAAGUUUCUUCUGGAGAACGGAGCCAAUCAGAGCAUUCCAACUGAGGAUGGAUUUACUCCUCUCGCCGUGGCUCUUCAGCAGGGACAUGAGAAUGUCGUAGCCCUGCUCAUCAACUACGGCACCAAGGGAAAGGUCCGCCUCCCUGCACUGCACAUUGCAGCACGCAACGAUGACACACGCACAGCCGCAGUGCUUCUGCAGAAUGACCCCAAUCCUGAUGUACUCAGCAAGACUGGAUUCACACCCCUCCACAUUGCUGCACACUAUGAAAACUUGAACGUAGCUCAGUUGCUGCUCAAUAGAGGAGCCAAUGUCAACUUCACCCCAAAGAAUGGUAUCACUCCUCUGCACAUUGCAUCCAGACGGGGGAAUGUGAUCAUGGUCCGGCUCCUGCUGGACAGAGGGGCUCAGAUCGAUGCCAAGACCAAGGACGAGCUGACUCCUCUGCACUGUGCAGCCAGAAAUGGUCAUGUCAGGAUUAUAGAGAUCCUGCUGGACCAUGGAGCCCCAAUCCAGGCAAAGACCAAGAAUGGCCUGUCUCCAAUCCACAUGGCAGCACAGGGGGACCACAUGGACUGCGUCAAGCAGCUUCUGCAGUACAACGCAGAGAUUGAUGACAUCACACUGGACCACCUUACCCCUCUGCAUGUGGCGGCACACUGCGGCCACCACCGCAUGGCCAAAGUACUGCUGGACAAAGCUGCCAAACCCAACUCUCGGGCACUGAAUGGCUUUACUCCUCUGCAUAUUGCUUGUAAAAAGAAUCACAUGCGUGUGAUGGAUCUCCUGCUUAAACACUCUGCAUCAUUAGAGGCUGUGACUGAGUCUGGCCUGACCCCUUUGCAUGUGGCAUCAUUUAUGGGCCAUCUCAACAUUGUGAAGAUCCUGCUGCAGAAAGGAGCUUCCCCCAGUGCCUCCAAUGUGAAAGUGGAAACUCCUCUCCACAUGGCAUCGCGGGCGGGACACUACGAGGUGGCAGAGUUUUUGCUGGAGAACGCAGCACCGGUGGACGCUAAGGCCAAGGAUGACCAAACUCCUCUGCACUGUGCUGCUCGGAUGGGCCACAAGGAGUUAGUGAAGCUGCUGCUGGAGCACAAAGCCAACCCCAAUUCCACCACCACUGCAGGCCACACACCCCUACACAUCGCUGCCCGGGAAGGUCAUGUGCAAACUGUGCGCAUCCUACUGGACAUGGAGGCUCAGCAGACCAAGAUGACCAAGAAAGGCUUCACGCCGCUCCAUGUGGCCUCAAAGUAUGGCAAGGUGGAUGUAGCAGAGCUGUUGUUGGAGAGAGGUGCCAAUCCUAAUGCUGCUGGGAAGAAUGGUCUGACUCCGCUGCAUGUUGCUGUACAUCACAAUAACCUGGAUGUUGUUAACUUGCUUGUCAGCAAGGGAGGGUCACCACACAGUGCAGCCAGGAAUGGCUACACUGCCCUCCACAUAGCGUCCAAGCAGAACCAGGUGGAGGUGGCCAACAGCCUGCUGCAGUACGGAGCUUCAGCCAAUGCUGAGUCACUGCAGGGAGUCACACCUCUCCACCUGGCCUCACAGGAAGGAAGGCCCGACAUGGUCUCCCUGCUCAUCUCCAAGCAAGCUAACGUCAACCUUGGAAACAAGAGUGGAUUAACCCCGCUGCAUCUGGUGGCGCAGGAAGGACAUGUCGGCAUUGCAGAUAUCUUGGUGAAGCAAGGGGCUUCAGUCUACGCUGCUACACGGAUGGGCUACACCCCUCUCCAUGUAGCGUGUCACUAUGGCAACAUCAAGAUGGUGAAGUUCCUCCUGCAGCAACAGGCCAAUGUCAACAGCAAAACAAGGCUUGGUUACACUCCUCUGCACCAGGCGGCGCAGCAGGGACACACAGACAUCGUCACAUUGUUGCUGAAGCAUGGAGCUCAGCCCAACGAGACAACAACAAACGGUACCUCAGCCCUGGCCAUCGCUAAGAGGUUGGGCUACAUCUCUGUGAUUGACGUCCUAAAGCUUGUCACUGAGGAGACUGUUUCCAUGACGACCACAGAGAAACAUCGCAUGAGUUUCCCAGAAACAGUGGAUGAGAUACUGGAUGUGUCUGAGGAUGAAGGAGAGGAGCUCUUGGGGACAGAAGGGGCCAGGUACAUGAAGAUGGAUGACAUGAAAGACCAUGAUGACGAUUUCCUCUCCCCCAAGAAAUCACUGGAGUACGAGAGAGGGCUGGGCACAGCGAAUUACUCGCCAGCCAUUCCCAGGAUCCCCCGAGUCUCUCCAGAGACCGUUAUCCUGAAAGAGCACGAGAUAGAUCAGCAACACACUCCACUUCCACUGCCCAAAGAAUAUGAUGAAGACUCACUGAUUCCCAGCAGCCCAGCGACCGAGACGUCAGACAACGUCAGCCCAGUCGCCAGUCCCAUACACACAGGGUUCCUGGUCAGUUUCAUGGUAGAUGCUCGGGGCGGCUCAAUGCGAGGCAGCAGGCAUAACGGUCUGCGUGUCAUCAUUCCUCCGCGGACCUGUGCGGCGCCCACCCGCAUCACCUGCCGCCUGGUGAAGCCGCAGAAGCUGACCAGCCCCCCUCCGCUGGUGGAGGGAGAGGGGCUGGCCAGCAGGAUCAUCUCCCUGGGUCCAGCGAGCAUGCAGUUUCUGGGGCCGGUGAUAGUGGAGAUCCCCCACUUUGCCGCUCUGGGUCGCGGUGACCGGGAGCUUGUGGUGCUGAGGAGCGAGAAUGGCUCAGUCUGGAAAGAACACCGCAAUCGCUACGGUGACGAGGUGCUAGAAACAAUCCUCAACGGGAUGGAUGAGGACUUAGAGAGUCAAGAGGAGCUCGGGAAGAAGCGAAUCCGUCGCAUCAUCUCCACCGACUUCCCCCUUUACUUCGCUGUUGUAUCACGAGUCCAGCAGGAGAGCGACCUGAUUGGACCAGAAGGAGGUUCGCUGUCAAGUAAACUGGUGCCGAUGGUCCAGGCCUCGUUCCCCGAGACGGCAGUCACCAAACGAGUCCGCCUGGGGCUGCAGGCUCAGCCAGUUCCGGAUGAGCUGGUUGCAAAGCUGCUGGGUAACCAGGCAAACUUUAGCCCCGUGGUCACUGUGGAGCCUCGGCGGCGCAAGUUUCACCGGCCCAUCGGCCUGCGUAUACCCCUGCCCCCGUCCUGGAAGGAGAGCCCCCGAGACUCCGGGGAGGGCGACACCACCAGUCUGCGCCUGCUUUGCUCUGUCAUAGGUGGCACAGCCCCGGCCCAAUGGGAAGACAUUACUGGCACCACCAAGCUUGUCUAUGCUAAUGACUGCGCCAGUUUCACCACCAAUGUUUCAGCACGAUUCUGGCUCGCAGACUGCCCUCGGACAGCUGAGGCCGUCUCCUUCGCCAACCUGCUCUACAGAGAGCUGUCAGCUGUACCCUACAUGGCCAAGUUUGUGGUGUUCGCGAAGAUGAACGAGCUGCGUGAGGGCCGCCUGCGCUGCUACUGCAUGACCGACGAUAAGAUGGAUAAAACCCUGGAGCAGCACGAGAACUUCACAGAGGUGGCUCGCAGCAGAGACAUAGAGGUGAUGGAGGGAAUGCCGCUUCACCUGGAAUGUUCAGGGAAUCUGGUGCCGGUGAGGAAGGCCACCCAGCAGCCUCGCUGCUUUAGCUUCCAGGCCUUCAGAGACAACCGACUUCCUGUCUCUGUCAAGGUGAGAGACAGCAGUAAAGAGCCCACCGGAUUUCUGUCUUUCCUGCGCAAGUCCACCAAGUAUGAGGACAGCCAGCAUGUGCUCUGUAACCUCAACAUCUCCAUGCCUCCCUGCAUCAAGAUUGUUGGGAGUGAAGACCGGAGGCGAACUCUGACCCCGCUGGCUUUGAGGGAAAGAUACAGCGCCCUAAAUGAACCUGCUAUGGCAUCAAUGAGCGCCAUGGAGAGGACCGAGCUGAAGAUGGCUGUGAUUGCAGAACAGUUGGGACUGAGCUGGGCUGAGUUGGCGCGGGAGCUUCAGCUCAGCGUGGACGACAUCAAUAAGAUCCGCGUGGAGAAUCCCAACUCGCUGCUGGAGCAGAGCUCUGCGCUGCUCAACCUGUGGGCCACCCGCGAGGGCAAGAGGGCCAAGAUGGAGAGCCUGUACGCAGCUCUGAAGAGCAUCGACCGCAUGGACAUCGUCAACAUGUUGGAGGGCCAGCCGCCUCAGCCGGCGAGACAAGGCUCCCGUGAUCUCAGC